AUGCUUCGCCAACUGUGUCGGUCGUUAGCUUUGGUCGCCGUAGUCCAUGUCAUAGGCAUCCUGGCGGCUGGCGUUGAUAUUGAAACCUUGUUUGGGCCAUAUAUGUCCAGGGGCACCGAGAUUGCCGAAUCCACCGACGCCAACUUCCCUACCGUGGUCUCACCCCGUUGGUCUGAAUGGAAACCACCCACCUGGACCGGUGCCAUCAAGCCCCAAACUGAGCAUGACCUUCGAGAGAUUGUUCGAAUUGCUGCCUCCCACAACAUAUCUUUCAUGGCAACCAAUGGCGGCCAUGGCACCGGCGUUAUCUACGGUACUGUAAAAAGCAUUGACGUGAAUCUUGCCAAUUUCAACAGUGUCAAGAUUGAUGUUGCCACGAAUCGCCUGAUUGUCGGAGCUGGCACCAAGGUCGGCGACAUUACUGAGCCAUUGUACAAGGCCGGCAAGACUGUCCCACACGCCAAUAGCGCCUCUGUAGGCAUGAUCGGGGCAACAAUUGGUGGCGGAAUUGGUUUCGAGACGGGCCUGUUUGGCCUCGGGAUCGACGCGCUCGAGUCUGUCCGCUUGGUGACGGCAACUGGCGACGUGGUGACGGCCUCGGACAAGUGCAACCCGGAGCUAUUCUGGGCGAUCCGCGGCGCAGGAGCCAACUUUGGCAUCAUCACGGAAGCAACGUUCAGGAUGACUGAUCAGCCAAACAAUGGCAACGCCGUGAUUGGUAGCUUUGUAUAUCCGGCAUCGCACGCCCUGGCCGUGUUUAAUCUAAUGCAAGCACUUGAUAAUAUCUUGCCAGCCGAACUAGCCUUCCAAUUGGCCAUUUCGUACAAUCGCACGACCAACGCCUCUGAGGUCACCGUUGACUUGACACACUUUGGCUCCUGGGACACGUUUGUACCGCACUUGGAUGUUGCGGAGAAACUGGGACCCAUUGCCAGGACCGUCAAGAACGUGACACUGGUUGAGCUUUACGCUGGUUCUGAUGGACCCCCCCAGAGCGGAGUCUACAUCAGCAGUGGUACCAUUGGGCUCGGCCGCACCGACCCCCAGACGAUGCAGGACGUGCUGGACGAAAUGACCGCAUUUUACGAGGCCUACCCUGAGUACCAUGGCCAGACCAUUUUCCAGCACUACGCUAGCAACAACACGCUGAAGACGCCAUCAGACACCACGGUAUAUCCAUGGAGAGAUACAAAGACAUUUUGGCGCCAUGAAAACAUCUACACCGAUCCCGCUCUGGAGGUACCAUCCAUUCAGCUGUUUUUAUCACUCCGCGGAAAGUUGCACGCGACUAGCGGGUUCUCAGAACCUCACAUCUACGUCAACUAUGCGUAUGGCGACGAAGGCCCUGAAGGCUGGUGGUCGGCAGCCAACCUGCCCAAGCUUAGGAAGCUCAAGCAUAAAUGGGACCCAAAGCGGUUGUUUGGCCUUGGAACCCCGGUGUUUUGA